AUCAGAUUACGUGAAAAGGAGGCACAGGUUUCCGGCCUAAUGAACGACAACUUGGGUCUAAAAGACGAAGAGGAAAAGCUGCUAUUGUCAUAGAGGUGUAGCUGUCUAACGUACAUUCUUAAUCUGCGAUGAUCUAACUAGUAACUAAUUUAUAUCCUGAAAGUUGGCAGUCAGGUGGACGUGGCAUCUGUUUACUGAACUGCUCUGACUUUAUCCACUGCUAGCACCAAACACUUCCCAGCGAAUGACACUGAUCCACCAUCACCAUGGAAACAGAAACAGAAGUUAUUCCCAUUUGGCAGAACAAGCCUCAUGGAUCCACCCGUAGCGUUGUAAGAAGAAUAGGGUCCACCCUUCCACUAAGACCUCCACAGCGGGCAUGUUUCCAGGAACUACCAGGCCUGCCGCCUCUUCGGCCUAUGGAUGGCCCUGCGGUUCCUACUUUGGCAGACAUAGCCUGGAUUGUUGCAGAUGAAGAAGAGACAUAUGCCAGAGUUCGGAGUGACGCACGUCCACUGAAACACGAAUGGCGGCCCACGCCUCUCCUGGUGCUCCACAGGAACUCAUCUGUGCCCAACUUCUGCCGUGAGGGCAAGAGGGUGGAGGGGCUAAGGAAACCUGGGGCCACAGCGCUAAAUCGUACUACAGCCCUUCAGGAUGAGCUCAGCAAACUCCGUGCACAGAUCGCUAAGAUUGUGGCAAGUGAUUCUGGUUCCAACCCCCUGACCCCUGAUCUGCUCUCCCCUGAUGACACAAGCAUGAGCUUCUCCAUGGCGCCUUUUGAAAUGGCAUCCUACCAGCCGGCCGCCACAGCUGCUGCAUCAUUUGUCAUCAGUGAUGUCACAGAGGAGGAAGAGGAAGAGGAAGAUGAGAAAGAUGAAAUCUCUAUGGUGUCAGAGCUGGUUCCUGAUCCUCUGCCAGCUGUUUCCAUGACAGCAUCUGCAACCUUUGACUUGGACAGACCCAGCAUGGACUUUCGUGAGGCAGAGGAGGACACAGUGUCACUGUCAAAGUCCACAAGCUUUGCUGACGUUAUGGACAUCCUGAAGGACAUGAACCGCAUGAAAAUGAGCAAAGACAGGUGCCACAGAGGCUGUACAUCCCUGAGAGAGGAGGAUUCAGCAACUCUGAUCUCAGAAGCUUUGAGGAAAAAGUUCAUUUUGAAGGAUGAGGAUACUGCCGCUGUGAAACGGAAGUAGCCUGAUACAUGUUUAUCAUCACUACCUAAUCCAGCUGCUCCAUAUAAGUCAGGACAGGAUAGCAGAGUGUUUUGUUUUGAUGGAAUAUUGCUUCUGGUCACAUGUGGAUUCUUAGCUGCUGUUGUUUUUUUCUCUCCAUCAUUUUUUAGGCCUUUGCCUGUGGAAUUUGUAUCCAUAGGUCUACAACCUUGCUCCUCAGGCCUAAGGCACUAGCUGUCUGUCAGGGUUAGAACAAAAAACACUUUGUCCCAGAUAUCCGAAACCAAAUGUGAGCUUCACAGUGCUGGUGCAGUGUGAAAGGGGGCAGUCAGCUCUCAAAAACACUGCUCCAUUUCAGCACUGCAUAGUGCAUGCCGACUGUUUCUCUCUGGGGGAAAAAAGUGCUGUACAGUAACUUUGAUCAUGUUAUAGCACGGUGCUGGAGGGGCUGACAUCCUAAUCAUUAUUACAGAGUUUUGGACUUAAAUUGCAGAAUGCCUUUUUAAUGAACAUUUAAUCCAUCCUGCUUUGGAAAAACGUUCUACCUGACUUUUUUUUUUUUCUUUUGAAUUUAUCACAAAGAUGCAAAUAAACAUUGUUUUCAGUUACAUAAGAAGCCCUCUAACAUACUUGAAAAUAUUUUAUGUACAAAUGAAACGGAUCUAGCAUACAUGCAGAAAUGUACUGUAGCUUAACAUCAGUGUGUAUGAGAACCAUAAGAACUCAGAUAGUUUGCAAAUGUGCGCAGCGUCAUAUAUUAUUUGUUGGUUGUUCCACUGCACCUCUCUUUCCCCUCCUCUUGUUUGUCAUUAACAUAUAGAUUGAUAGUCACUGAACACCAGGAGACUGAUUGUGAAACUCAAACAAAAAGCAAGAAUACAUUGAUGAUAUAGUUUGAAGAGUGAACUGGGAGGUGUACGAGUCAAAGUAUGUGCGAGUGAAAACUGCACCCACCAUCGUUUGCAGCCGUUUGUAUUUGUAACUUUUGGAUUCAAAUGUCCCUGUGUGUGCAAUGUGCUAAUCACCUUUAAGAUGUUUCCUACUGAUGUGAAAUCAUAAGGUGAUUUCAUUUUGGGCAGAGACACCUGAGCUAUGUGGAAGAGUGGUUUUCAUCAUCCUGUGGGCAGAGUUUUGACAAAACCGUUGGUACAAUGUAAUAUUCUUGACGCCUUACCACAGAUUUUGUUCCUUUAGUUCAAAGUGUCAUGUUUUGUUUUUUGUUUUUUUAUCUGCUCACCUUUCAUUGCCUGACCUUUGUUUUCCUAAAUGUGCACUUCACACUCAACUUUGUU